UGGGACAAUACAAAACGCACUUUUAUAGUCUCAUUGGUCCAAUUCAAUUCCUAUAAAUACCCAUCUUAUGAAGUGAAACCUCAAUUGUGACAUUUCAAUAUGACAACUUUGAAAGUUCAUAGUAUUUUUUUCUUUGUGUUGUUAGGUUUCGGCAUAUGCUCUGCAUUCCGUCACUUUGACUUGUAUCAUGGGACUGGUGGAGGAUACCAUGGUGACAUUGGUGUGAGUGGAGGUGGAGGUUAUGGAGGUGGUGGAGGUGGAGGUGUAGAUGGAUAUGGAGGAGGAGCUGGUGGAGGUGAAGGUGAAGGUGGUGGUGAAUAUGGAGGUGAUGGUGUGGUUGGUGGUGGUGGAGGAGGAAGUGGAGGUGGCGGGGGUGGUAGUGAGGUUGAAGGUGGUGGAUAUGGUGGAGGGGCUGGAAAAGGUGGUGGGGAAGGAUAUGGCGGUGGUGCUUCGCAUGGAGGUGGUUAUGCUGGAGGUGGUGGAGGUGGUAGCGGUGGUGGGGGAGGUGGUGGUGCUGGAGGUGCUGGUGGUGGUUAUGGAGGUGGGGAAGGAGGCGGAGCAGGAGGUGGACAUGGUGGAGAACAUGGAGGUGGAUAUGGAGGUGGAGGUGGAGGUGGAAGUGGAGGUGGAGGAGGAGGUGGAGCACAUGGUGGUGGAUAUGGUGGUGGUGAAGGAGCAGGUGGUGGAUAUGGGGGUGGAGCAGAAGGAGGUGGUGGAGCAGGUGGUGGAUCUGGUGGAGGUGGAGGUGGUGGAGGGGCACAUGGUGGAGGAUACGGCGGUGGUGCUGGAGGUGGCGAAGGCGGUGGCCACGGUGGAUAUUAUCCUUGAAAUUAAGUGUUAUGAAUGAAAAACUAGCUCCUCCUAAGAAUAAGAUGUGGUUAUGAGGAUGCUGAUAAAAUUCUACUAUAAUUUAUCUUUGUAUCUUACGUGAAAUGUUGAAUGAAAGAAAACUAAUGCUAUUAUAUAUAUCAUGAUAUGCCAUUGCUUUGCAUGGUAUAAUAUUUCAAUCAA